AUGGCUUCUACCGACGAUACAAACGACAACUUCACGCUCUACGACCUACGAGUCGAAGUUGUGUGCCCUGAAGGAGAGAGAAUUCUUUGCGGCGCAAAGGCAGGCGACCAUUUCACGUUAGAGGGAGAAAUGUUGCAUUUACCCCCGGGGCAAGGGAUAAGCAUAUAUAGUCUUGGUAUUUACAGGUCCUUGUUACAUUCCAAUGAAGCGGCUACGCUCCCACUGCUGGCGGCAAAGCAGAGAAUGACACACGCUCACGACUGGAUGAGCACCGAUGCCUUGAUCGCUUGUCCGGAUCCUAAUUGCAAAUCGCAAUUGAAGAUUACUAGGACAGGCACGCGGGAAUUCAGCCACGCAAGCACUACAGUUGUGGGUUUGGAAGGAAACCACUGA